AUGGUCGCCAUUCGCUCCUUUCUUAUGCUCUCUGCCGCGGUCGGCAUCGCGUCUGCUGGAAAAUGCAAGCCUGAAAGCCAUUCAAGCUCCAUCGUGUCGGUGGCCAGCAGCACUGUUUCUGCCAGCGACACCGCCUCGUCAACUGCUUCCGCCUCGGCUACGCUCAUCGAGUCUACUACCACUCUGGCUGAUACCACCAUGAAAACGAGCAUUACCGACUCUGCUACUAAGACUGCUUCCAGCGACACUGCCUCAACAAGCGCUUCGGGCUCAGCCACGGCCAUCGAGUCGUCUACUACUCUCGCUGAUACCACCACCCAAACGAGCCUUGCGAGGUCUACUACAGAGACUGCUUCCAGUGGCACCGCCUCAGUCGAGUCUUCUACUACUCUGGGCGACACCAUCACCACGGAAACGACUGUUGCGGAGUCUACUACUGAGACGGUUUCCAGCGCCACCUCUGCCGAUGACAGCACAACCGAGUCGAAGCCCACUACUUUCCUCACUUCUUUCACCACGUCGAAUGCAGACACCACCACCGAAGCUGCAACCACCACGACAGCUGCCGCCGGUCCCGUCGUCACCUGUCCCUCAGAGGUGGACCAGUGCCUAGGUACCAUGGAGAUCCAAUGUGACGUGAUUCUCUCGGGGUUGUCUGGCCCUAUCACCCUCCCGACUCUGAACGAAUGUGCCCAGGCCUGCAACUCCGACACUUCUUGCUUGGCCUUUACUUAUUCGGCGGAUUUGCAGUCAUGCUUCAAGGUCACUGCUUCUGAUUCCUACGCUGCCGUUUCUUUGGAUGGCUGGGCAUCUGGCAUCAAGGGAACAUGCGGUCAAAGCCCUGAACCCAGCAGCACCGUCAUUACAACCACGGCCGAAACCACUACCACCGAAGCGGCAACGACGACAACCACACUGGCACCAGCCGGUCCUACCUGUCCAUCAACGUCUGAGCAAUGCGCGGGCAGCGCAGAGGUACUGUGCGAUGUACAGCUCGAUUGGUUGCAGCUCGCGGGAAUCUCCAAUGACAUUCUCGAGUGCGCCUCGUUCUGCGAUGAAGAUGAUGAAUGCGCCGGCUUCUCCCGCAUUCGCUCGAGUGGAGCAUGCUUCAAGGCCAUCCCUGACGAGGGUGCCGUCACCCAGACGGACAAAGCAGGAUGGGACAGUGGCAUCAAGUAUACCUGCGCCAGUUAG